AUGGUAAGAUUUUAAAGGUUUUGGUGUUUUAAAUGUUGUAAAUAACGUUUUUAACUGUUUCAAAGUAUAUGUUAGCUAAAAAAAUGGUUAAAAGUAAGAUAUAUAAUAUAAUACACUUUUUAUUAUUUCUAUGUCAAUUUUCAGGCUAGAAACUCAGAGAAAGCAAUGACAGCAUUAGCUAGAUGGCGAAGAAUGAAGGAAGAAGAGGAAAAAGGGCCGAUGGAGAAGCGGCCGAACGAUGUUAGACUUUGUGAUAAACUUGUCGAUGCAGAGCGAUAUCGUCGAGAAGUUUUGGCAGAUGUGGCUAGAAAGAUUGCCAAUAUUCAGGUAUGUUUUUUACUGUUUUUCUUUUGGUUUUAGAUGUUAGAAUUGAUCUAAAAUGGCAAUCCAAAAGAUGGUGUUGUUAAAACUGGCUUAACUUUUACGUUUCCGAAUGCGUAAAUUUCAAACUUUAAAAGUAGCUUUUUAUGAAUGUUAACGUUGAUUUGUUGUUUUAGAAUCCGGGAUUAGGCGAGUUUAAGAUACGUGAUCUCAAUGACGACAUAAACAAGAUGCUCAAAGUGAAAAACGCAUGGGAGAGGAGGAUACUUGAACUUGGAGGACCUGACUAUAAGUAAGACGACGUGAACUAUUUGAAAUAUAUAACAAGCUUUAACUUUUGAUGGUUUUACUAUUUUGCUUAAUAAUUUAUACUGAAAAACCUGGCUAUAGUUCUAUUUUAACGAUUUAUUACCUAUUUUUGUCUAAACAUUGAUAACUCACUUUUUAAGGAAAGUAGCACCACGAGAAUUGGACAAAGACGGCCGUGAAGUUCAAAGUAACCGAGGAUAUAAAUAUUUUGGAGCAGCAAAGGAUUUACCCGGUGUUAGAGAGCUGUUUCAACGUGAAAUUGAUGAUGAAGAAGUUCAGAAACGAGCCACAAGGAAACAGUUAUUGAAGAAUGUAGAUGCGCAUUAUUAUGGAUACAUGGAUGAGGACGAUGGGUGGUUGAUACCAUUGGAAAAACCUGAAGAAGUUAUAGCUAAACAGAAAUUGGAAGAAGAGUUUCAGAAAAAAGGGCCGGAAAUGAAUAAAAUUAAGGAUUUGGAUGAUAAUAUCUACCAAGUGGAAGAUGUAAGUAAAUUUUUAUUUUUUUUGAUGUUUUAUUUUUAGGUAUUAUAUCAUCUACUACAACAUAAAAUGACACAUUAGUUAAUACUUUUGAGUUUCUAAAGUUUAAGUUCACAAUUCGGAAACUAUUGAGUGUUUAUAUUGUAGUAGAUUCUACUUUAAUGUCAAACCGAUAUUUUAUAUUAACAUUCUUUUUAAAAAAUUAUUUCAGGAUUCUGAUGGAGAAGCCGAACCAAUUGAUGUAAAAGAAUCAGUGGUAUUAGGAGACGAUGGUCGUGAAAUGAUAAUCAAACAUGUUAUGGUACCUUCUCAAAAGGACAUUGAAGAAAUGAUAGUAGAACGGAAGAAACAAGCAUUGCUCUCAAAGUUUGUUGGGGCCGACUAA